GAUGGGGGAGUUCAAUGAGAAGAAGGAAACAUGUGGUACCAUCUGCCUCAAAUACCUGCUCUUCACUUUCAACUGCUGCUUCUGGCUGGCUGGCCUGGCCGUCAUGGCGGUGGGCAUCUGGACGCUGGCCCUCAAAAGCGACUACAUAAGUCUGCUGUCCUCGGGCACCUACCUGGCCACAGCCUACAUCCUGGUGGUGGCUGGUGUGGUUGUCAUGGUGACAGGCAUCCUUGGCUGCUGUGCUACCUUCAAGGAGCGACGGAAUCUGCUGCGUCUGUACUUCAUCCUGCUCCUCAUCAUUUUCCUGCUGGAGAUCAUUGCUGGCGUCUUGGCCUACGUCUACUACCGGCAGCUGAACACAGAGCUCAAGGAGAACCUGAAGGAUACAAUGACAAAGCGGUACCACCAGCCUGGUCACGAGGCUGUGACCAGUGCCGUGGACAAGCUGCAGCAGGAGUUUCACUGCUGUGGUAGCAACUUCUCCAAGGACUGGCGGGACAGUGAGUGGAUCCGCUCAGGAGAGGCGGGUGGUCGUGUGGUCCCUGACAGCUGCUGCAAGACUGUGGUGGAGGGCUGCGGCGGGCGGGACCACGCCUCCAACAUCUACAAGGUGGAGGGGGGCUGCAUCACCAAACUGGAGACCUUCAUUCAGGAGCACCUGCGCAUCAUCGGGGCUGUGGGCAUCGGCAUCGCUUGUGUCCAGGUCUUUGGUAUGAUCUUCACUUGCUGCCUUUAUAAGAGCCUGACGCUGGAACAUUACUGAGCACCCCGCC